AUGGUCUUUCCUUCUUUCCUUGUUGUCUUCUUCCCUGUAUCAUCUCCAGUCGAUCAUCGUUUGGUCACUUUCCUAUCCAUUUUACUUUUGAACAACGCAAUUUUUCUGCAUGCUAUACCAACAGAAAUCAUUCGUAAUGAUGUCAAAUUGCAACGUCAAAAACGACAUGUCAACUACAAUCGCGAUGACAUAUUGGUUGAUGAAAACGUUGUUAUACCUGACCAAGAUCUCCUACUCGAAGGUUUACUAGGUUGCAAAUACAAUUCCGACAUAUGCAACCAGGACGAAGCUUGUUUUGAUGAUACACUCUUCGGACAAUGUUGGAACGGAAAAGGAUCAAUUCGAAAAGCCUUUGCAGUGGAAAAUGAUCGGAAUGGGCUGACAAGAAAUAAACUAACGGCACUGGCAUACACAAUUGAUUUUCUUAAUCGUUAUCAUCUUGACUGGAAAGAUUUCAUGACUCAAUGUAUCCUCCUACAUGUUUUAUCAAACCAUCAUCAUUUAUAUAAACAUCACCUGGAGUAUUUCCAUCGAAACUGUCUGGAGAAAGAACAAUUCUUGUAUGAUGGUAAACGAUAUCAAACCGAGAGUAAUUCAAUUCGAUUAACUUGUCUUUGUAUUCAUUUAAAAGAUUUUUAUAUUGAUCCGUAUACGCCAACACAAAAGUCAAAGAAUUUCUUUCUUGCUUCUGAUGCAUCAUCUAUGCAAACCGGUGAACCAUCUUUACCUAAAGAACAGUUUUAUGCCAACGAUAACGCCAUUAUAUCAAUAAAAAAAUCAACCAAACCCCAUGCAGAUGAAACUCAAAUGAAUACACAACGACCAACAAAGCUAUCCAUGCAGAUGAAUGAAGGACAUCCCGAUUUAGUUGAAACAUUACAACUCAAUAACAACAAACAAGAGUUUUCAAAAUUCGAAAAAAAUAACACAUCGAAAGACACUGAUACAACAGCUCAUUUCAAUGAAGGAAGCCAUCGAGGAUAUAUCAUUAUCAGUCGAAGUUUUAAAGAUCAAUUCGAAGCUGGAGACUUGUUGGGAUUCAUUACUCAAAUCAACUCCUGGCCAGUUGCUUUGUUCACUGAUUUGAAUGUUGAUCGAUUUACACUGACGUACCAAAUUUUGGAUAACCCGUAUGGAAUCAACGCAAGUUACGUUGCUGAUUCCAUUCGUCACAGUGAAAAACUUAUUGAACAUCAAAUGGACAUUCAUAUCAUCGAGUCUGGCGUUGGCAAUCCAAGUCGAAGUGCUCAAUUAUCAGUUGAACGACCGAAUGGUUCACGUCUGACAGCUACUAUAUUGGUUACCUGCGCCUCGGUUCUCCUCAUUCUUGGAUCAUUUGCUUUAUUUUGUUUCAUCAGAAGAAAUGAACGCAUUCGAGAGAAAUUUGCAGAAAUUACUCGAAUCAAAAGUCAAUCAACAAACGAUUACCGGGACUUAUGUCGGCAACGAAUGCAAACAGAUGGAAAAACAGUUCCAGUGCAACAGAAACCAACCGCUCGUACUCGUGUGAAACACGAUAGUGAAGGUUCAUCAUCCGGAAAUUCAACAUCAUCAUGGGCAGAAGAGCCAAUUACUCCCGUGAAUAUGGAUAUUAUGACUGGACACUUGAUUCUGUCGUACAUGGAAGAUCAUCUACGUGACCGACAUCGACUUGAAAGCGACUGGCAGUCAUUAUGCACUGAUGAAGGAGUUCUCGAUGAAGAUUCAUGUUCGAUUGCACUUUCGGAAACAAAUCAAAAAAAGAACCGCUAUAUUGAUUGUAUACCAUAUGAUCAUACUCGCGUUCGACUGGAAAACAACGAUGAUGGUGAUUAUAUAAAUGCUAGUAUAAUUUUUGAUUCUAAUCCAAAAUGCAAAUAUAUCGCCACACAAGGUCCCAUGCCCAAUACAACAAAUGCAUUCUGGCAAAUGGUUUGGGAACAAGGAUCAUGUGUUAUUGUCGCAUUGACUCGACCAAUUGAAAAUGGUAUCACGAUGUGUCAUCACUAUUGGCCGGUGGAAGGUUCUGCACGAUUCAACGAUUUUGAAGUGAAUCUCAUCUCGGAACAUGCUUGGUCAGAAGAUUACGUUGUUCGUAGUUUAUAUCUGAGAAACGUUCAAACAAUGGAAACACGCACUGUAACUCAAUUCCAUUUUUUAACUUGGGAUGAAUUAUGUAAUCCACCAUCGGCUAAAUCUAUACUUGAUUUUCGUCGUAAAGUAAACAAAUGCUUUCGUGGCCGAGCGUCACCGAUUAUCAUCCAUUGCAACGAUGGCGUUGGUCGUACUGGCACGUAUAUAAUGCUGGAUAUAGUUUUGAAUCGUAUAUACAAAGGAGCACGCGAGAUAAAUAUAGCUGCGACUCUUGAACAUAUUCGUGACCAACGAGCAAAAAUGGUUAAGACAAAAGAUCAAUUUCAAUUUGUAUUUGUUGCAGUUGCCGAAGAAGUUACUUAUUUAUUGAAAUUACUUAGAAAAAUCGGCCUAUCCAAAAUCUAUUUAAAACUUUUAGUUCAAUGGUCGACCUUGAUUUCUUUUAUGGACAACAAAAAUUAUAUACAAAUUCCAGCAUUAGCAUUACCACAUAAGAAUUCCACCAUAAUUCAACGACGUCCCAUUAGAUCAUACACGUUGAUUACAUCCUCAAUCGAAAACGAAGAUUACUCGGUCACAACUACCAUUACCACUGUUCACCUGAAUCUACGUGAAACAUUGAAUGGUCUAUCGAUUAUUCCAAUGACGAAUACAAGUAGUCAUAUUAUGGCAACACUUAAUCCUGCGCACAUAUCCGAUGGUGCUGCAUCUUAUUUUGUAUCAGGUUUAACUGAUAUGGCAUCUAAUUAUAAAAUGAAUCCAUCAUCAAAUACUGAUAUACCAUCACCAUCAUCGUCAUCGAAUUCGUCUAAUCCUCCAUCAUCAAGUCAUCAUCAUCAUCAGCAACAGCAGCAUCACCUACAUCAUCAAAUUCGAAGGCAUGGAGAAGGCGGUGAUCCAUCACGAAAACGGGAAAUGCGUUUACAAAAAAAUCGUGAAGCCGCACGUGAAUGUCGACGUAAGAAGAAAGAGUAUAUCAAGUGUCUCGAGGAACGUGUGGCUGGACUCGAAGCUCAAAACAAGGCCUUGAUCGAAGAAUUACGACAACUAAAAGAACUUUAUUGUCAACGUGAAGAAACAAGUAAUAAAUCAAAUUCAAAAACGGCAGCACAUGAGUAUCGACAUGAUCUGAGAAAUACAACCAACAUGAAUCUAGCUGUCCCGCUAUCACCAACAUCAUCUAAUUUCCAUCGGUCGCAUUCCGAUCGUGAUCUACUAGCAACUGAACGUCGUUUAACACGUGCUCAUCUAAAUAGUUCUUCAUCAUCGUCAAAUCUUACCUCACAAUCAACGCUUUCAGCAGUACCAUCAUCUCCUCCACCGACAUCGACUAUAUCAAAUCGUCUUCCAUGGGAUCGCUUACAAAAAUGGCUAUAUGGUAUCGCGGUUGUCACAUUCGAUCUGGAACUAGGCCAGUCCGUCGAACUUCUUCUGCCUAGUCAUUGUAAAUUGACCGAUAAAGAAAAGUUAAAUCUAUCUUACUUAGCAUUUCCUGAUACCAAUUCCACAUCGCUCGGUGAUUUCCAAUACCAUUUUCGUCUUAGUCAUGAAUCGUCAUCAAAUUUAACAACAUAUUACCAAAACUAUAAUUCUACCGUACCAGCACCGUUGCAAGUCGACAAUAAUGUUCUAUUUGGUUAUGUAAAUUUUCGUCAAAUACGCGAUAAGUCAAUCAAACGUGGUUUUUUUCAAAAAUCUUUCGUUGUUUUAUCGAAACUACCAUUCAUCCAGUUGUUUCUAACGAUUGUCAGUCAUCUUGCCAAGAACUUUUUUGACCAUGGUCCAGCAAGUCUAGAGGCAUGUUGCCAUUUGAUGGAUCAUCAAUGGCCAGAGCUUGAGCCUGGCAAAACCUUACUAUUACCUCUAUUAGAUAUUGUACUUCAAGUACGCAUUCCAACACACGGCGAUAAACCAUUCUCUUCAUCAGAUAUCAAUCAAUUCCGUUCGAUUGUUGAUGGAACACAAGCAAUAAACGCCAAUCAAAAUUCCACUAGUCAUUCAUGGAAAUUUCCUAUUGAUGAUGACACAGAAUUGGAUGGAUCAUCAAAGAAUGAUUCUGAACAAGAGAUAACAAGUAGCAACAGUACCACUAGUGAUUCAUUGCCAAAAUAUGAACAACAAUUACCUUGUCUUAUUCCAUAUCUCUACGAUGUGAAUACAUAUCAAGCUUUGUCAGGCGUGCUAGAACACAUUCAACUUCUUUGGGAAUUGAUUUUAUUGAAUGAACCAAUUGCUAUUCUGGGCAGUUUUCCAACAAAAUGUUCUCAAACUGUACAAGCACUAGUUCACAUUAUAUGGCCAUUGAGAUAUGCAUCGGAUUAUCGUCCAUUUUUUACGAUACACAAUAGUGAAUUUCACCAAAUAACGUUUAAUUCAUCAACAAAACCCUCAUUACCGCCACCGAAGAUUAUCAUAGGCGUCACGAAUCCAUUCUUUGCCAAACUUCUCCAUCAAUGGCCACAUAUCAUUCGUAUCGAUGAUGCGCACGAGAAAAUCAAAGCUAAACACGAAAAAUUUCUUCUUGUCGAACACGACGAAGAUAAUCUGUCUAUGAAUGAACUCGAAGAGAGCCUUGAAUUGUCUUCUUCUCCUCAAGCACAACAAAUCAAAACCAAGAAAAAGAUUUCCACUACAUCAAAACCAUUCAAACCUACUCACACAUUCCAAGCCAAUUCUUCGCAUUUAACUUUCGACAUGAAAGUUGGCUUAUACACAAAAUAUAAAACAUACUUACAACGCGACAAAACUAUCCUAAAAAAACUCCAGUCAACCAAUUCUCAGCAACGUCCUGACACAGUGCAAAACGCUUUUCUACGUCGAUUUUUCUUAGAAUUAACUCAGAGUUUCAUCAUUCCACUUGAAAGUUAUUUUACUAGUCUCUUACCAUUGAAACGCUUCUAUCAAGCAGGUCACGCACCACCAUCUAUAAAAGAAUUCGACAACGAAGAAUUUCUGAAAAGAUUAGAUCAAUACGGUCCACAAUUAACGUCAGGUUUAAAAGGCAAUUGGAAGGAUUUAUAUAAACAUUUCCUUUCGACGCCAAACUUUCGACUUUGGUUAACGAAUCGUCGACAAGAGGCAACAGCCAUUAUCUACUGUGAGCAUAUCAAAACUAUUGCCAAUUGUCGUUUGGAACAAGACUUGAAUCUUUCACAAAUGGAUGAACUCAAACUGAUUGAUUUAGUGAUUAAAUUCAAAGACUUAAUUCAACAGUUAGAAACGAAAAACGACGAACGCUUGAUCACAAUUGAUUCUGGACUUCGAAGUGAUUGUUUAGAAAAAUUAAAGAUGAAAUUGAAGUUGAUUAUUGAUGAAAACUUAUCUGAUGACAUGAAAGUUCUGUUCAAUAUACCUCGUCGAAUAUCUUCGACUUGA